AUGCCCUCCUUGACAGUUCCGCCGCAACGGCGACGACGGCGACGGAACGAUGACUCCAACGACGACGACGAUGAUGAGAGCAGACAGCCAUCGCCGCUUUCCCAGUCUUCCACCAGCAGCAAGCGCAUCAAGCUGGGGAAUCCUCCAGAGGAAAGCGAGGACGAGGUCGAAGAUCCAUCUGAAGAUGAGAUAGCUGAUCCGGAUGAUGAAAAUGAGGACGACGAUGACGGCAAUGAGUCGGCUUCAAAUUCUCAACGCGAUCAACAUUCGGGACCUGCCGCAACAUCUAUUCCGCCAUCAAUGUCUUCGAAAUCUCAAGGGCCCUCUGGCGGUGAUAGCGGUGGCUACGGCGAGUUCCAACCAGGUGCUAUUGUUCGGAUCAAGUUGAAGGACUUUGUCACAUAUACCUCGGCAGAGUUUUUCCCUGGUCCAAAGCUGAACAUGGUUAUUGGCCCAAACGGUACAGGAAAGAGCACUCUUGUGUGUGCAAUAUGCCUGGGAUUAGGAUGGGGGCCACAGUUUUGUCAACUGUACUCUUGGGGAUACUGCCUUCAAUACUCUAUAGUUGUUAGGUCAGAGCUAACGUAUUUGAUCUGUCUCAUACAGCAUCUUGGACGUGCGAAAGAUCCCGGCGAAUUCGUGAAACAUGGCUGCAGAGAGGCUACCAUUGAGAUUGAGCUUGCGCGUGGAGGGCCAUUCAAACGAAAUCCCGUAAUUUGUCGGACCAUUAAGCGAGAAGGAAACAAGAGUACCUUCACUGUGAACGGGAAAGAAGCGAGUCGGAAACAGGUUCUGAAGAUCGCUCAAUCGUUCUCCAUCCAAAUUGACAACCUAUGCCAGUUCCUCCCCCAGGACAAAGUCAGCGAGUUUGCGGCACUCACUCCUGUGGAAUUACUUCAUUCUACGCAAAGAGCCGCUGCGGGUCCGCAGAUGCUUGAAUGGCAUGAAAAUCUCAAGAAACUGAGGGCGGAGCAGAAGAAACUGCUUGCAGACAACAAAAGCGACAGGGACCUGUUGGCCAAUCUCGAGAAUCGCCAGGAAAUGCAGCGAGCUGAUGUCGAGAGAUACAAGCAGAGAGCCGAAAUCAAGAGGCGCAUCGAGAUGUUAGAGUUCUCGCGCCCCAUCCCAAGGUACAAGGAUCACCAUGAGAAAUUUCAGGAGGCAAAGAGGAAAAAAGAUGAACUCGAACGCGAGCUGGAACAACUGAAGGCUGAAUUGGAACCCGCGCUGAGGGCAGUCAAUGCGAAGCAGCAAUAUUGCCUACGGCUCGAUGAAGUGGUGAAGUAUAAGCGGCAGCAAUUUUCCCGGGCCGAAACGGCCGCCGCCGAAAUUGCAAAGAGGAUGGAGCAGCAUGAAGACGCGAUGAAAGAUCUUGCCGGGCAAGUUGAAGCAGAAAGGAAGAGCGGCACCAACUACAAGGAGGAGUUGAAAAAGAUCCAGCAGAACAUCAACCGCAUUACCCGGCAGAUGGAAGAAGAACCCGUUGAGUUUGACAUUGAUUCCUACAAUGAGCGCAUAAGAGACAAGAAACGGGAAAUAAGGGAGAUUGAAACCAGGGCGAAAGAGUUGAAAGAUGCCAGGCGCCCGUUGUUCGAAGAAUUACAGGACAAAAAGAGUCGGAUUGAACAGGCGGAACGGCAGCUGAAGAGCCUGGAUUCCCAAGCCGGCCAGCAGGAGGCCAAGCUCAAGCAGAUCUCACCAGAGUCCUACCGCGCUUAUCAAUGGAUCUUGAGCAAUCCAGAUAAGUUCGAAAAGGAAGUCUUCGGUCCACCCAUCGUGACAUGUUCAGUGAAGAACCCAAAAUAUGCGGAUGCUCUUGAAUCCCUGAUGCAAAGAACGGACUUUACGGCCUUUACCACGCAAACUCGCAAUGACUUCAAAACCCUUCAGAGAGCUUUGAACAUUGAGAUGAAACUACAUGAUAUCAGUAUAAGAACCUGCUCUGUCCCGUUGGAGAACUUCAAAUCGCCUGUGUCUGACGAGCAGCUCCGAGAUCUUGGGUUUGAUGGCUGGGCAAAAGACUUCCUUACUGGUCCAGAGCCCGUCUUGGCUGCGUUGUGCAGUGAGAUCAGAUUGCAUCAGACGCCGGUGGCCCUCCGAGAUAUCUCAGAUGAAGAGUAUUCGAACCUGGAGAAUGGACCGAUGAGCUCUUGGGUCGCGGGGAAACGAAGCUAUCAAGUUAUCCGAAGGCGCGAAUACGGCCCCAGUGCAACAUCAACCCGCGUCAGGCUGAUAAAGCCGGCGAGAAUCUGGACAAACCAGCCUGUGGAUGCGGGGGCCAAACAGGAACUGCUGCAAAGCAUAGCGGAAUGGAAGGAUGAUAUCCGUGAGGUGCAACAGAAGAUCGAUGCUGAUAAGGCUGAGCUCGCUCGCCUGAGCGAAGAACACAACCUCAAGACUAAAGAGAGGGUUGAACUUGAACAAGAGAAAUCAGCAAAGCAGACGGCUCUGAUCAAUUACAGGGCUCUUCCUGAAAGGCUUAAUCAACAACGGUUGAAACAGAAGGAGGUUGAGAAGCACUUUGAGGCGAUUAGAGCUCGGGUGAUCGAAAUCCGCAGCAAGCAAGAUCAGGUUGCGAUUGAGAAGGCUGAAACUGCGAUUGAAUAUGCUAAAGCUGUUGAGAAACUCCAUAAAAUCCACGAGGAAUUUGUUAUUGCCGAGAUUCGCCACAUCGAAGCGUUGUCAGACUUUGAAACGUUGAAAGAGAGGAAUUCCGAAGUCCGAGAAACCUUGGAGGCCAAACGUGAAGAGGUCAAGGAGGCUGUGCGGCAUUUGAAAACCGUUUCGGAGAUUGGCCGCAAGUUGGCUGAGGAAGCAGCAAAAGUGGUGCAAGCCUCUAAUAGCCAACCGGACUUGAAGGAAUUGCUUGACACCACCGUGAAGGGACUCAGUUUAGAUGAGCUUGAGGCAAAUAUCGAUUCAGAGAAAGCACGUCUCGAGCUUACACAGGGGGGCAGUGCCAACCUCCUCAAGGAAUUCGAAGAACGCGAGCGUCAGAUCCAAAAGCUCCGGGAGAAGCUGGCAGGCUAUGAAAGCUCGCUUGCGGACUACGAGCACGCGAUCAAUGAGAUCCGUGGGCAGUGGGAACCGAGGCUUGAUGCCCUGGUGCAAAAGAUCUCGGAUGCCUUUUCGGACUCAUUUGCCCGCAUUGGCUGUGCUGGUCAGGUCAGGAUCGACAAGGUGGAAGAUCCGCCGGGGCCCAACGGGGAACCCGGUGGCAGCGACUUUGACCAAUGGUCGAUUCAGAUUUUAGUCAAAUUCCGCGAGCAUGAGAAUCUCUCCCUUCUCGACUCCCACCGGCAGUCAGGCGGUGAGCGCGCGGUCAGCACGAUCUUCUAUCUGAUGGCCUUGCAAUCUCUUUCCGCGUCACCGUUCCGCGUGGUCGACGAGAUCAACCAGGGUAUGGACCCGAGGAAUGAGCGUAUGGUGCACGAGCGCAUGGUCGAUAUCGCAUGCGCACCUCGCACCGCCAACAGCAGCGGUGACGGCGUUGGUGGCGCUGGUGGCAGUCAAUAUUUCCUCAUCACUCCGAAGCUACUCAGCGGGCUGGUGUACAAGCCCGGAAUGAAAGUGCUCUGCAUCGUGAGCGGAGAACACAUGCCUGCCGACUACAACCUAGUCGACUUUGGCCGUGCCAUCCGCCGGAUGAGAGAAAUAUCCGGGGUUCCCGCCGCUGCCAACGGCGACAGCAGCAGUAGCAGCAGGAGAGAUAAGGGUAAAGGAAAAGCCAGAGCCGUUGCAGAGGGGAGUACCAGGGUUGAUGUGCGCGCUUGA